GCCACCACACACACACACGCUCACACGCUCCUCACCACGAUAGACAUGAGAUUAGCGUGCGGUACAGUCAUGGGCAAGGGUGACAAGGGUGAGGGAGAGGAGUGUGUGUUCCAGGGCGUGGUCUGUACUGCGAAGCGUGACAGUGGAGCCUCUAAUGUUGCUAGACGGUUUGGCCUUCUCCAACAUGCACGUGUACAUUGAGAACCUUCAGAUGGAUAGAGUGUGCAGGGUAACGUGUGGCUUUUCCGAGGGCGUGUGCCAGAAUCUGAAGGCGCAGCACGAGGCGAGUGUGGAGGUACAGAAAAGUUACAGCGUGUUUGCCCUCUACAACGGCAUCAUCGCGGCGGCCCUCCCUCUCUUCUUCAUCCUGUUCAUGGGCGCCUGGAGUGACAAGUACGGGAGGAAGGUGCCGCUCGUGGCCGUCCAAGUGGGUCAUGUCCUCCACGCUGGCGGGUACCUGCUGGCGUCCCUCGUCCCCUCCUGGCCUGCUGAGGUGCUCCUGCUGGUGACGCUGCUGGACACACUCGGGGGCGGCGCGGUGUCCUUCCUGACGGUGGCCAACUCGUACCUAGGUGACGUGACGCCUGAGGAGAGCCGCACAUCACGGGUGGGUCUGGCCAACAGCAUCUGGUUCCUCGGCGGGCCUGUUGGUACGUUAAUGGGCCGGUACAUCUACGGUGCAGGGGGCUACUUGGCUCUCUUCACCACGUCCCUUGUCCUGUCCGUGGUUGCUGUGGUUUACGUGGCGGUCUUCCUACCUGAGAGUCAUGGACCUUUUGUCAAGAGGAGCAACACGGAGGAGGCGAUGAAGGCGACGCUGGAGUUACGGGAUAGCGUGGCGGCGGUGUACGGGCUGGAGGGCAAGAAGAAGGUCAGCCACACCCUCUCAGACGCUCGCCCCGCCCUCGCUACCAUGGCCAAGGACUUCUUCGACCCCAGACGCAUCGUGGACAGCUUCAAGUCAACUCUGCGGCGGCGGGAAGGCAACACUCGCGGCCUCAUCCUUACUCUCAUCUUUACCAGCCUCCUCAGAAGAGUGACCAGAUCUCCCUACGUCUUCGCCUUCACCCGUCAUGAGCUGGGCUGGGAGGCGGCGGAUUACAGUCUCUGGGUCACCUACAAGAACCUCAUGGCUACGACAGGGUCCCUCGUGGCGGUCCCCCUGCUGAGUGGCCACCUCGGGGUUCCUGACAUCGUGUUGGCACUGGUAGGAGCCACGUCAGGGAUUCUGGAAUACGUCAUCUACGGUUUUGUUUCCCAGGCCAGACCGUUUCUUCUCUGGAUCGGCCCUCUGGCGGCGCUGCUCCUCAACUCCUGCACCAUUGCUCAGCGCUCCAUGAUGACCAAAUUUGUGGCCAAUGACGAAAUAGGUAAAGUAUCCGCAGUGCUUGGUGCCCUGGACGGGAUGAUGCCCAUGGUGAACUCUGCCCUCUACACCGCCGUCUACCACGCCUCCGUCAGCCUUUUCCCCUCGGCUCACUUCUUCCUGGGGGCCGCAGCGAGUGCCCUCAUGCUCGUCUUCUUCUGUGCCCUGCGGUGGGCAGACAAGUCAGGCCAGUAUGACGUGGAGAGCGCCAAGGUCACCCCGAAGAAGGGCCCCGUGUCCAACAAGACCCUGGUGAUGCGAACCAACUCCUGGUGGGUGACCAGCGACGCCCUGGCACUGGCACUGUCCACAGGUGAACAUCCCACCACCCUCGCCUCCCGCCACGCCCGCCAGGAGCUCCCGCAGUGCCAGGCUAGCCAGAGCAUGCCCCCGCAGCACUCUUUGAUAAGGGAAGUGUUGCACGAGGAGCCUGAAUGCCAGGAAACAGUGCCACAGAGCCAGGCAGCAGAACCAAGGCACUCCCGGAGGCGGCAAGUCAUACAGCACCUCAAAUCCCUCAUCAAAAGCAUCGCUGGGCCGCGGCGUGAGUCUUCUGCAGAAGGGAACGAUAAUGCCCCGGGAAAACUGACCAUUGCCAACCUCUUCGUGAACAUCAACUCGGUGGCCAGUGGUGUCAUCUUCCCGAAGGCGACGCAGCAGCAGCAGCAGGAAGAGGAGAAGGAGGAGGAGGAGGAGGCCGGGGAUAAGAAGCUUCCCAGUGACUCCAAGAAUACUGCAGGGCGCUCCUCCGCUGAGUCCUGCCCUGUGUGAGGUGACGAAGGGCUGCAGUGAAUGUAUAAUCACUGCUGGACUUCAAACCCAAAGGAACACAAAGAAGGAACAAACAGCAGCAGAUGUAUUGCCGUAAUCCUUCACGAGGUUGUUUGUGUGAUACGAUACGCUAUCUCAUCCUAAAUAAAGGAUGCAGGAUAGUAAAGGUGAAGACUCCUCCCCACCCACCCAUCAACCCACCAACUAACCGUUCUCUCUAAAUGAACGUUUAUUUAAGAGGAGGAGGAGGAGGAGGAGGAGGAG